GUUGCCAGUCGGAUCGUCGAUUCGACUCCAGUCCACAGCAGGAGGUGUCCGCGGUUCAGACUAGCUGCAGUGAAGGAACUCAUAGCUUGCUAGUUGAGAGUUGCAUUACUCGGCAAUUCAGGCCCUGGGCUGCUGCUUCGCACGCUCUGAUGAUGAGGAUCCGGCGUGGUGAUCAUGCCAGCAUCUCAAACGACUGGGUGGUUGAGUUGCUUACACGAGCUGGGUGCGAGGAUUCAUGGUGCAGUCGGAGAUAACUGACAAUCCCCGCGAUGGGCCUGGUACCUGGGAGUCCCAAAAGUCAGUCAGGUUGGGAGAUUUUUUGGGGUUCUUACGUGGGAGCGGCGGGGCGGAGCACCUGUGGCAGGGUCUAUGGGGGUGGGCCACCACGUGGUUAUCUGACACACGCUGUGUUUGAGCAGUGGCACCAAUGCCCUCGAUCGCCGUGCGGCAUUCCUGUGGAUCUGCUCACGCAUUCUGAUGCUCUAGACUGAUGCCCAGGAAGCUCUAGCGAAUCUGCCUCCCUUGAAGGCCUUGAUUAGAGGAUCUUAGAAGUCGUUUGGUUAUAUCAUCGCUUGCUUUCGGUUCCAUGCAUUCUUCAAUAUCGAUACGUGAUGGAUGAUAUCUAAGGACUUUGCACUGAGUCGAGAGCAUCAUUAGUUGCAGUCACAGCAUCUGCAUAUUCUUUCGAAGCUUGAAGUGUGUUGUACCUGCUUUCCUCGGUUUUUAGUUGAGUUAAACACUGUCAUCACCAGCCAGAAAGAGAAUUUGUGAUUAUUGUGUGCAUAAUUGGUUGUGUUAGUUUGACGUGUUGUCCUGCGUGAGAGUGAAUGAUCGCCAUGGACCCUUGGGAGAGGCGGUUCGAGUUACCCAGUGUAUCAGAGGUGUUUUAUGGCGCCCCUGAACCGACAUAUUUCGUUAAUGCAGAGCCUUACGGUUUCCAGGGAAGACCGCACGUGGUGCCUGUUUCGGAUUACCGCUCCCGGGACGACAGUCCCACUCGAUAUCGCACUCGUGCGCUUGUUGCUCCUUCAUCAAUGAAAACUCACGUGGUUCCUUCCACCAAAUCUGUGAACAACGUGCGGACUCACCCUAAGGGUUUGGUUUUGCAAGUCCCAAUGUGCUGCGAUAAAUGCGUGGAGAAAGUGGGCAAAGCCUUAGAAGACCUUGAAGGGGUUAGCGACGUGGUGUGUGAUCAAUACCAGCAGAAAGUCGUCAUUUCUGGGGAUGUAGACCCCGAGGAGGUUCUGCACAGAGUGAGGCGAGUGAAGAAGAAAUCGAAGUUUUGGAGGAUGGCCACUCAACCCAUCCAGUACUCUGGAAACCCCGCCUUUGGCCAGGUCCACACUAAGCCUCAAGUUAAUUUGUACCGUGCUCCUGGAUAUCAUACGUCGGCCUACCGUGCACCUACUUCAGCGUAUACUCGCUACCUAAGUCCAACUCGCUACACGUCGUCCUACUUACGACAUUACAGUUCUCCAUACAUCGACAGUGAAUACAGAUCAGGUUAUAUGGAACCCCGCUAUGGCUCUGUGUAUGACAGACUGGCAUUCGACGACCUUGAGUAUCAUUCGCGACUCGACCGUGGCACUCCUUAUUUUCAGAUGAACGAUGUAUAGCCCAGAAUGGGUUAUGUAAAUUCCUUAGCCUUUUUUUAUAUUAUCACCACAUACCUACUUUUUGGAACGGGCUCGGAGGAUAUGGUGCUUUCUAUGCUUCUAUAGCAGCACUGAUUGGUACAAAAUAAUAUAUAGGUUUCGGGUGGAGAAUACAGAAUGUGCAGUCAGUUUUCCACUUCGCCCUCGAAGCUCUUAUGGAGUUCAAUGUCUCCACAGUAUGUGUCAUUGGGAACUGGGAGCAUGUGCUCGGCGGAAGUUGGAAUCCAUGGUUGAAGUGCUCGCGACGAUCGCCGAAGAUUUUGUGCUGGAAUGGCGACUCAAGCAUUAUGAUUUUCUUUACAGUUACAGGGAUCAGUGGCAUGACCUAUGAGGUAAAGGCAAAUUAAACUUCAAAGCUUUGAUGGCGUUGGUGAGGAGGAAGGUGGUGGGUUGCAUCGAUGCAUCUUCACCGGCGAGCUUUGAAAUUUGUGAGUUGCAAGCCGAGGGACUGUUCUACAACAACUACGAAAUUAUUCGCGGUUACGACGUAAGAUUGCUGCGGCAAACGUGGUAAGGUGGAUAUAGCGAGUUUGGUGUAGGGCGAUACAGCUUGUGUCUCUAAAAAGUAGGCAUUCAGAUAUUUUUCUCUCAAAUACUGCUGCUGCUGAGGUUGAAAGAAUUGAAAUAGCUGUGAGUAGUAGGCCGACUACUGUAGACACUUAGGAAAGAGUUCGACUUGGGUGGAGAAGUGACUAGCUGUGUUUGGAAGCCCUCGUGUGGGAGUUGUAUGUACAUAUUGCUCCUGUAAAGGUAUGUGGUGAACCAACGUGACGGAUUAGAAAAUUUGAAACUCUUUUUCAAGCACAUGGAUAGUUGAACGCGACUUGGUGUUGAUCA